AUGGCAAACUCUUUGCUCUACCAAGCAGGAAACAACAGCAAACCAAUUUGUCAGACUGGUAAGAAGGAUAAUUCUGGCACCAUCGAGGAAAACAGUUUGCUCUCCAUUGAAAAGGUUUUUAGCAACGCUGCCAUAAACAAGGAGAUUUCGGAACUCGCGGUACAUUGCAGGGUCCCUGGAUGCAGCUGGACAGGCGCUAUGAAGAAUUUGGAAGAUCACCAGAGUGAAUGCGAAUACGCUCUGAUCCCUUGCCACAUCUGCGGGCACGUUGCGAUGAGGAAAACACUUGUGGAACAUUUGCAGACCGGCUGCCUGAAUUCCACCCCAUGCUCCAAUUCGAACCAGAAAGCCCUUGUUAACAAGCAGCAAAAUCUUUCCAUGAGUUCCAGUGAAGGAGGGUGCCAAUUUUCUGUGAUUGGAUGCCGGUUCAAGGGGAAUGCGGAAGACAGAAAAGAGCACGAGAGGAACGCGGCCAGAAUGCACCUACUGCUCUUACUUCAGCACCAGCUGAGGGCGAGCAGCGGUGCCUGCGCCCGUUUCGCCGACUCCGAGGUGUCGACGGGGCUCUUCCAGGGAGCCCUGGAAAUGGACAGCUUCUCUGGGCAGCCCGGGGGUGGAGAGGCAGCCCGCGGAAACUCCCUCUCCGGGAGAACGACCCGGGUCUGCUUGCUGCAGAGCAAGCUGGAGGUGUGCGAAGGCAUUGCGUCCGUGCUGAGCAAGGAGUUGGCCACCUCUUGCCAGAGAAUCCAGGACCACAGGGGAGUUGACCAGGAUAUGAUCUGUGCCUUGGAGCUGAAGAUCGCCGAUCUCCAGCGAUGCCUCGCGCAGAAGGAUGCAGCCCUGGUCAGACUCGAGGAGCAACUGCGCUCGACCGAGCACGCAUCCUACGACGGCACCUUUCUGUGGAAGAUCACGGAGGUGCACCAGAAAUUCUACGAAGCCGCGUGUGGGAAGGUGUGCAGCUUCCACUCUCCAGCCUUCUACACUUCCCGAUACGGUUACAAACUCUGCAUGAAGAUCUUCCUGAACGGAGAGGGGAGAGCCACGGGGACACACGUCUCGCUCUUCAUUGCCCUCCUCAGGGGAGGCUACGACGCGCUGCUGCAGUGGCCCUUCCCACACAAGAUCACCUUGAUGUUGCUCAGCCAGAAUCCCAGAGAGCACCUCCUCAACACCAUCCACCCGGAGGCAACAUCCAAGGCUUUUCAGAGGCCCACGACCGAGACGAACGAAGCUUGUGGCUUCCCGUGGUUUGUUUCUUUGACCAAACUGCAGUCGCCUACAUAUGCAUAUAUCAGAGAGGGUGCUCUUUUCCUCAAGUGCAUCAUAGAAGACAGCUCAUGAGCCCUCCUUUCACAGGGGGUUUGCAACGGGGGCCUGUGCAGCGAAAGCCUCUCACGAGCUGGCGGGCUGAUUUGCGGCGGUGGAAGGACAAAGUGGCUCAUUGCAGCUACAACUCGUCUGAGCAGGGUGCAGCUGCAGCGGGGAACAGGGCUUGCCGGGCUGCAGAGCAAAAGAUGGGGGUGCCGCUCAGCUCCUGCCUCCAGCCUCCCCCUCCAAGCCAGCGUGUGUGUUGUGUUCGUGCCAUUGUGAUGUUUUGCUUCACUGCAGAGGAAAAGAAAGGGAAGCCAAGACUGGCUCAGCGAACUGUGAAUAUUUUCUUUCUAUGCAUGUAUAUUUUUGUGCAUACUGGGAGUGUCAAGUUGUGGGCCAGGGAACCCCACGCCAAUUUUGGAUGCACAUUUAGAGGAGGACACAGAAUGUCAACCCCGAGCCAGCCUGCACAGCUUUUGGGGGCCUAGCAUGAGGGACAAUAGUGGGAAUUCCUCAUCUGGCAUUUGCCACCUGCAGGAUUUUGCUCUUAGAACCCAUUUCCUUGGGCCUUCUAAGUGGCCAUGGGUUCGUUUUUAGGAAUAGAAAGAAGACAAGUAGAGGGAGGCAGGAUGGGGGCAUCCAGAAUGAUGUCUGGUGUGGAAGCAGUGGAAAGGAAAUCAUUUCUCUCUCUCCCUCCUAAUACUAGAAGGAAGGAAGCUCCUCUUUCCACAGUGCCUGCUUCACGCUGCAGUUUGCUCCCGGGAGAAGCCACGAUGGGCCCCCAGUUUGGAAAGCUUUAAAACUGGGUCGGGCAAGUCCAUGGAGAAGGCGGCAAUCUAUCAAUGGCUCCGAGUCCUGAUGGCUGCAUGGGACUCAAGACGUAGCAUGCCUCAGUGUCCCUGUUGUUGGGAAACAGAAAAGGGGACCUAAUGUGCUGCCAAGUUCUGUUUGUGGGCUUCCCACAAGCAGCUGGGUGGCCACUGAGCAAAUGGAGUGCUGGACUAGAUGGCCCCUUGGCUGCAUCCGGCAGGGAUCACCGUAAGAGCUCAAGAAGAGCUGGUAGAGUCAGGGCCCUGUGAGCGGGGAUUUCCGGGAGUCUCCAUGCCAUGCCAGGAGCUUUUGGUUCUGGGGCAGGGAAAACUGAUAGAGCCCCGGGAAGGAAUGCCGUAAUCAGGCAAGGAAGUGGGUGUGUACUGGAUUCAAGAAUACCAGUGGCUUGACCAUUCUGAUUGGGUCGCAGUCAUCAAAUCCAUGUUUUCUUCUGUUUUUACAGACGGGGUCUUCUGCCAUCUUCUGUAUUUUGCAGAUGUGGAAGCUAAGCUGCCACUGCUGCUGCUUGCUUUUAGUUCUGUAAUUUUAGGAUUGCAAUAUAUGGAAUUGCCAGGCAAAGUACUUGCUUUGCUGUAUUGGGUAUAAAACCCAGUUUAGGUGGGAUUAUACUCCACUCAGUACUGUUACCCACGUGGUAAUUAUAGAGCCAGUGUGGUGUGGUGGUUAAGAGCGUGGGAUUGGGACUCAGGUGAUCUGGGUUCAAGUCCCUGCUCAGCCAUGGAGCCCACUGGGUGACUUGGGCCAGUGGCAGACUCUUGGAUCAGCCUACCUCACAGGGGUGUUGUGGUGGGGAUAAGACUGAAGGCGGCAGCAGGAGAAUGAAGUAUUUAAAGAAGAAAAAGGUAGGAUGCAAAUCUAAUAAAUAAGUAAAUAAAAUUGUGCUUUUAAGGAGAUAUUGAUUUAUGUAAGCAAUAGCCCCCCCUCCGUAGCCGCCACCCCUUUAAUCCAUUGGUCCAGUAGUACAGAUAUUCCAGGUGUACUGAUUUUUGUGAGGCUUGUACUUGUUCAGAUUGUGGUUAUUAUAACAAUUAUUAACAUUAAUUUAUAUUCUGCCUAUUGCCAGUGCUAUGUCUCAAAGUGGCUUACAACAUCAAAAUAUCGUAUGGUUAAAGCAUCAAUCCAUUUUAAGGACCUUAGGAUUAAGAUAUAACCAUCUUUGAAAAUGGUUAUAUACUUUUAUGGUGAGUUUUAGAAAUGGAGGCACUUCCAUAAGACUUUGGGGUGGGCGGGAUAGGCUUGGUGUGAAAUAAAUGUGUAAUUGUGGCUCAUACACAGUAGUGAGAAGAAUUUUUAUUCAGGCCCUUCGUGAUUGGAUAGAAGAGACUUUCCAUUUAUUUUUAGGGCAAGGUUCACUAAACGUUUUUCUAAAUUAAAAGGGUAGCAUAAAUGUCAAAAAUAAUCUUAUUUUUAAGAGCAUGUGUUCUGAUCUAAAUCAGCCCCUGUCUUCUGGAUUUGUGCUGAAAUGGCUACUUAGAUGUAUCAUUAAAGACUAUCAUUGAAACUUGUUUGCUACAGAACAGUUUUGCCCGCAAUAGAUUCUUCUGGGAAACUGAAA